ACCAAACUCUGCUUCAAGGACCAGAGGGCGUUUAUCAUCUCUCCUCCAUCAGCUCUGGGGACAGCGGGGUCUACUCCUGCAAGUCUGAGAAUCAGUACGGACGGAUCAACUCCACGUCUCUACACUUAGACGUCCAGUAUGCUCCAAAGCCUCCCUCUGUGUCAGUGAGUUCCUCUGGUGAGAUCAUGGAGGGCAGCUCAGUGACUCUGACCUGCAGCAGUGAUGCUAACCCAGCAGCUAACUACACCUGGUACAAGGAGAACCGAACUCUGCUUCAAGGACCAGAGGGCGUUUAUCGUCUCUCCUCCAUCAGCUCUGGGGACAGCGGGGUCUACUCCUGCAAGUCUGAGAAUCAGUACGGAUUCAACUCCACGUCUCUACACUUAGACGUCCAGUAUGCUCCAAAGCCUCCCUCUGUGUCAGUGAGUUCCUCUGGUGAGAUCAUGGAGGGCAGCUCGGUGACUCUGACCUGCAGCAGUGAUGCUAACCCAGCAGCUAACUACACCUGGUACAAGAGAAGUGGAGAUAAACAAGUUCAACGAAAAGCAUCAGGACAAAACUUCACCAUCACUGAUAUCACAGCUGAACAUGGUGGAAGUUAUCAGUGUGAGGCCCAGAACACACACGGACGUAGUAACAACACCUUACAUCUGACUGUUGUAGCAGUGUUACCUGCAUCGGCACUCAUUGGAUCAGCUGCUGCAGUUUUCCUCACUGUGACUCUCCUCUCCGUGUUCCUACUGAUCAGAAAAAAGAGAAACGCUCAUCAAUCUGCUGAUCCUGGGGACAGACUUGACCACAGUGAGCAGCGUCUACCCAAUCAGUCUGAGGAAAACUGUGACCUUAACUAUGCCAGUGUCCACUUCAUGAAGAGAGAGACGGAUCCCGUCUACUCCAACGUUGGAUCAGCUGAACCUAGCGAACACAAGGAGGCGGAGGAGGUCACGUACGCUUCUGUCAACUUUAACAGAUCUGCCCCGAGAACCAGAGGUCAGGACACUGGAGAGGAUCCAGCUGCAUUGUACAGCACAGUCAAAAAACCUCCUGCUGUUUAGACCAACGUCUGGAAAUCACCUGAGUCCCAACGGAAAUAUCUCAACAGCUGCGGGAUGGUUUUGAAUAGAAGUUCAUACAACUGUUCAUGGUCCCCACAGGAUGAAUCCUUCUUUGGUGAAAGACUCCAGCAUCAUUGUUGAAGUGAAUGUUCAGUUUUAAGUGACUUGUCUUGACAGCUCAUGGAUAAAUUGCCCGAGGAUGAAUCCAAACAACUUCGCUGACUCGACUUUUAUCUGAAAUAUAUCAGCAACUUGACGAAAUUGUUAAAAACGCCACAUUGAGCCCAAAUGAAAUCUUUCGAAUAUUUUAUAACUUGCAGCUUCAAACAUAUAAAUAUCUGCGGUGUGUGUCAGACGGUCGACAAACUGUUGACUUGUAAAUAACUUUUUUCUAUUCAUAAAAUUAUCAAAACAAGAAUUAUUAUUUAGUUGUAGUGUGGAGCUACUGCCACUAGAUGCUAGUAUAGUUUAUUGAUAGAAAACCAUGGAGUGGAUUCUGUCCCUUUCACUUCUUUCUAUUUCUACACUAUUGUUUCCAUCAUCAUCCGAUCAGGAGUUGAACUCGUUUCCUCUGAGGACUGGAGGGAGCACGUCUCAUGUGGAUGUGAGCUGCUACUGAUGUGAUGAACGCCUUGAAUGUGACCGUUAACACAAAGUGAACUGCUGACACCAGAUGAGCUGUGUUGCCUCUGGUGUCUGUUCAAAGUUUGCAUCAGGCCCAUUGAUUUCACUAUAGUGUUUUGUGGUGUUUCUCACAUCAGGUGUUAAACACAUGAAGAAGAAGGAGUUAGGUGUGUUUUAAUCCACCAUGUUCACACGGCGGCCAUUUUCCUCUGACGUCUCUCUCAGGGUGUGAAGCUUGAAUGUUGUUACGAACAGAAUAAUAUUGUACUGCUGUGAUCCAGGUUUAUAAGUUAUACAAAAAAUAUACUAUA